AUGCCGCCGUUGCCGUCUACCAUCCUCACCGAUGCAUUGAACUCCCUAUCGAAGGCAACCAAUCUCGCGUUGGCUACUGCUGAAGAACAGGCGCGUGGGGAACUGGAACGCGCUGACGCCGAAGUGGCUGAAGCCCGUGAGGAACGGGACAACGCACUGAAGACGCUGCGCACACUCGAGCUUGGGGAGAAGGAUUGGCAGCGACGCGCUGAGGGAUGGAAAGCUGCGGUAGACAAAUCAGAACUUACGAUCAAACACCAAGCUGAAACGAUUAAACAUCUACGUGCAGAAGUGCAACAAUGGAAGACGCAGCUUACGCGCCUCGAGGACGCAUCACGCCAGGAGCUUCUCGACUGGAAGGAACAAUAUCUCCGCGCAGAAAAAGAGCGAUGCAGAUUAUCUUCAAGAAUCGAUGAACUCGUUGCGGAACAACUUGCGUGGAAUACCCAGGCCAACGCUACGCUCUGCCCAGUUACUCCCAAGACACACUCUAUAGAUCUCGCAGAGCCAUAUACAGCAUCGACCACAACGAAACGAUCGUCGACAUCGUCAAAUACUGCCACCGGUCCGUCCUCGACACGUAAGGGCACUACCCCUCGAAUACCUCCAGACACUGCUCCGCGCAAGUCAAGGACGGCCGUUACACCAUCCAAGCCACCUAAUCACGAUCCUAUGUCCACACAGCCGUCCAAGCGUAACCCCCCUGCUGAUAGCGCCUCCACUGCUUCGAAGGCAACUCCUCGGGCAAUCACAAGGAACUCUGGAGUAGCGUUCGUCCCGAGGCAGCAAAUUGUACGACGACACGUUCGUGCCGUCAUAGAAGUUCCUGUGAAGGAGGAAGAGGACUCAGAGGAACAGGGGUUCGCAUCCGACGGGUCAUACGCUUCAGGAUCAGCGUAUGAGCCCGAGGAAUCUACGACGCCGAUUACCAGUAGGACGACGAGGCCACAGAGGAAGACCGUGAGGAAGGAAGUUACACGAUCGUGGGGAGAGGACGAGGGUGAAGAAAGCGACUACGGCAGCAAUCAGGUACGAGGGCAUCUAAACCACCGUCCACGUAGGCGUAUGCCCGAGGAUGAUGAUAUAGACGAGCUCGCGAUGAGUGCUGAAGAUGAUGCUACUGGAUGUUACGUAGCCCAGCCUGUUGUUAGUUCGACGACUAAAGCAAGAGGAAACCAGCGUAACACUGCGCCAGCUCAGCCAUCUGCCAAGAAACGGAAGCUCGAUAAUGGCGUUGGAACCGCCGCGCGGAGUACCACAGCGAAAGUGUCACGGAAGAGAUGA